CUCGAAGAAGUCCUUUGCUGUGACGUAUGCAGUUAGUUAGUAGUAAAUGGCGGUCGUGAAAAGGGUGGACUGUAAACAUUUCCACGGUUAUAACUGUAACUUUCUAAUUAUCAUCAAAACAUGUACUCGACUCUGUCGGAAAUGCAGGGUAGUUACAAGAUGUCUAUUUUCAACUUUCAGGUUGGAUCACAUACCGAGCUGAUAGGAGUUUCACUUUCGAGGAGACGAAAACGGUAUGAAGAGCAGCCUACAGACAUAGCAUAUUAGAUAUUAUUGAACUAAUGGAGAACGAAGAUGGAGAAAAGGACUCUGAGUCCGAAGUGACCGAGCUGCGUCUGAAAAUAGACUCGCUGAAGCAGGAGCUCAGAGAGUGCAGAGCCGAGCUGGCCAAGUUAGAGAAGCAGCUGAACCACUCUGAAAGGCUGCAGAGGAGCACAGAGAGCUAUAACGAAGACCUGAGGAAACAGGUUGAGCAGCUGAGCGCAGAGAUUCAUGAAAGGAAGAAGAAAGAUAAAGACAGAGUCGACAGCGAAACUCAGACGGAAGAAUAUGUAUGGACAGAGACAGAUUACUACAACUACUACUAUGGAGGCUACUAUCAGAACCCAGAGGCAGCAGACACUCAGGAAGGCCUGAACGCAGCAGCAGCGGACACUGCUGAUGGCAGCGAGGCAGCAGAGGUGUCAACACAGAAUGAAGCGGCAGCUGCAGAUGAGUCAGUCCAACCUGACAGCAGUGUUGAGGUCACAGCAGAGGAGGGUGAUGGAGGAUCCAUUGCUGAUAUGUUGAGGGCCACUGCUGAAGAGGCUAUGACACAGACUGGGUUUAUCUUUGAUGAGACCACUGGAAUGUACUAUGACCACAGCACGGGCUUCUACUACGACUCGGCCAGUCAGUUGUACUACGACGCCAACACAGGUAUCUACUACUACUAUGAUGCAGAAAGUGGGCGAUACCAGUUUCAUUCCAGGAUUGAGGUGCCUGCUGCACAGACUGAUGCAGAGUCUUGCCAAAACAAGGUCACUGCUGAAAAGAAAGGCCGGAGGGUCAACAAAAUGGUCAAGAAAAUGUCACACCAGGAUGAUAAGGAAAUCAUAUGUGAUGAGGUAAAGUUGCAAGAAGAAGAAACUGAUUGGGUCGAAAGACAAACAACUAAGAGGUCCACAGAAUCACGAAAACUGAAGCGGAGGUCUCGCACUCCAGACAUGGCUCAACGUCGAAAAGACUCUCACAAAUGUCGGGAAGAGAGGGACAGACUUUCACCAAAGAGGAGGAAGCAGAAAAACGGUACACAUCAUAAUGAUGAGGGAAGAUCAAAGAAGAAAAAGAAGAAAUCUAAGUCAGAAAAGCGUAAAAGGAAAAAGAGCCCACCGUGCAGUGGUGGCUCAGAUGGGAACAGUGAGCCGGAAGAGGGUGAGAUCACAGAGUCGGAGAGAGAAGAGUGGGAGUCUGUUCCAUCCCCCUUAUCAUCUUCUGGCUCACCCUCCAAGGAAAGCCCAGAAUCAGAAAUGGAGUCUCAGAGUCAGCAAGUCAAAGACAUCUGGCCACCCUGUGUAAGAGUGACAGUGGUCAGGUCUCCAGUGCUGCAGGUGGGCACUCUGUUCAUCAUCACAGCUGACUCUGCAGCCACCAUUGGCAGAGAGAAAGAUAUGGACCACGCAAUCCGAAUACCAGAAAUGGGAGUCAGCAAGUUCCAUGCAGAGGUGUAUUUUGACCAGGAGCAACAGAGCUACAUGUUGGUAGAUCAGGGAAGCCAAAAUGGCACGGUCAUCAAUGGCAACCGAAUCUUACAGCCCAAAACCAAGUGUGAGCCCCAUGCACUUAUGCACGGUGAUGAGGUGAAGAUGGGAGAGACUGUGCUCUCCUUCCAUAUCCACUCAGGCACUGAUACCUGUGAUGGAUGUGAGCCCGGUCAGGUGAUGGCUCACCUCAGCAAGCACAGGAGAGAGGAGAAGGCAGGCCCUACUCUCACAAAAGAGGAUAAAGAAGCACUGAGACAGAAGGAGCUGAAGCAGAUGAAGGCUAAAUAUGGCCUGCAAGUGAGUGUCAUGAGGACAGGCAGCACUAAUUUUAGUCUAAACCAACAUAUUCUCUUUAUGCCGUCACCCAUAUCUAUGCUUUUCUGUAAACAGAGCAGCGAGUAUGAGGAGGCCAAAGCCCUGAGGAACCGCAGAUACAAGGAUCGAGCAGAGUCUCGACGGCAGACGGUGGGCAGUGAGGGGGUUUUCCAACGAGAUGAUGCUCCUGCUUCUGUUCAUGAGGAGAUUAGUGAAGCCAAUAAAGGGCGGAAGAUGUUGGAGAAGAUGGGCUGGAAAAAAGGAGAGGGGCUUGGUAAAGAGGGAACUGGAAUGAAAGACCCGAUUGAACUGAAAAUCAGAAAGUCCCAGUCAGGCCUGGGGUCUGGUACCGCCAUGUCUCUAGACAGUGUCUCUAUGACCACAUCGAAGUCCCAGAAGAACUGGGAGAAAGCGCGCGAGAGAUUCACCGACUCGUGCCAGCCCGACAUGCUGGCAUCUCAAACGCAGAUAGGCAAGUCACCCAAAGCCUGGGUCCGAGCGGAAGAGACCGAGACCACACAAACAGGUGUUGAUACAGGCAGCCAAAGAUAGGGAGGAGUGCGCAUGUGGAUAUUUAUUGUGGAUAUUCAGAGCCGAGUGGGGAUGUUUGAUGUAUGUGUGUAAAGAAAGAAGAAAUGUGACAUAUAAUCUAUAAAUUACAGUGCGCAUUGUAAAAGAGUGUUGUUUUUACUUUACUGUUGGCUGAAGACAGCAGCAACCAAAUUAAUCUGAAAUGACACCGAUAUGUUUUGUUCUUUGAGGAGAAGAGAAUGAUAUUAUGUCAUCAUGAUUUACCUUCUUUAUUGUUAUUUUUUGGGCUAUUUAGCCUUUGUUUAACAGGUGAUAGAAGCAGACAGGAAAGCUGGGGAUGUGAGAGAUACAGAAUACAACAUGUUGUUACCAUCUGAGCUCCCACAGCGAUUUUCUGUUGAGACCUAAAACUCUAUCAACAAAUAAAUUGAACACUUGUGUGUAUGUGUGCCAUUGCCAGUGUAUAUUAAUCCUGCAGACAGAAUACACUUUCUCUUCUCUCACUGAGAAAAUGUGACUAUUCCAGUAUUUCCUUCUUGACAAGUGGAAACAAGUUAACAAAACUGUAAUUGUUAAAUGUCACUUGCUGUUGUUGUGCAAUAUGUUUGUUCCACUCCUUAAGUAAACUAGAAUGUUUACAGUCCAGAACACUGAAGAAGAACUGCAGCUUGUGCACAGACAACCAUGUUUGUAGUCUUACCGACAGAAUACAGCAGCAACUGUGCCUUGCAGGACAUGAAAACAUGAAUCACCUCGAGCAAAUAUUGAGACAGUGAAGCUGUAAUUGUCACAGUGAGAUCAUACUGUGAUAAGACAUUUGUGUAUCUGUUCAGACAAACUAGCCACGAUUUCUCUGUAACAGUGCCCCAAGCACCCUGCCUUUUUAAAAGAUGUACAUUAAAUUUGGAACAU